CUCUGUACUUGUAGCAUCAGCUGCCAGCAUCACCCCACUAGCAGCAUCCACCAUGGACACCAGCAUCCGCCUCCCGCCGCUCGCCAACCUCCUCCGCCUCAUCGACCGCACCUACUCCCCCCCCUGCAUCGACCUGCGCGGGAUCUCCGCCGACUCCCUCUCCGCGCGGGUGGCGGGCUUCCCCGUCGCGCUCAUCACCGGCCGCGAGCCGCUCGAGAGCGCCGUGCCCAAGGUGCAGAAGCUCGCGGAGGUCUGCCGCGGAUUGGCGGAGGCGGAAGCGAUCGGCGUAGGGGGGAGCGGCGGAAUCGAGCGGAAGCUGCAAGUAGUGGUGCUGGUGCAGUCCGACGUGGAGGAGAAGGAGGUGCAGCAGUCGCUCUUAAAGCUCGCGGCUAAGGAGAGCCUCCCCAACGGCCCCACGGGCCCCGCGAUCGCGUCGCAGCCGCCGUGGAUCGCGGUGCCGUGCGUGCCGUCCGACGUCGAGUCGCUCGAAGGUGCUCUUAGCGAGGCCGCGGAGACGCUGUCCGUCGCGCUCGAUAUAGUCACGUCGUCGGCGGACGGGCUCGCGUUGUUUGACGAGACGGGCCGCCCGUUAUUGAGGCGCGGCGCGGAGGUUCUAGAGGCGUACGGCAGCGACGCGUGGCCGUUUACUGCGGCGCGGAUCGCGGAGCUGGAGGCGGCGAAAGCCGAUCGUGACGCCAAGGAGCAGCAACUCGGCGCGCUCCUCGCGACGGAAGAACGCGAUUGGCUCCUGCGAGGCGGCGGAGGCGGAAACGCUUCCUCUGCCGUUGAUCUCGGCGGAGCCGAGUCAGGGGAGCCGUUGGAUUCCGCGUUUCUUAAGGAAAGAAUCACGGGUAGUCUAGCGGCGAAGCGGGUAGUAGGGCUUUAUUUCGGCGCGGCUUGGUGCCCUCCGUGCGAGCCGCUGCUGCAGCGCCUUACCUCCGCGUAUCACGGGAUUAUAGAGAAGCAUGGAAAGGAUGCUCUGGAGGUCGUCUAUGUCUCAUGUGACACUAACGAGCGGGAGUUCUCGGAGUCUAUGAGGGGGAUGCCGUGGCUGGCGGUUCCGUUCGCGGAUAAGACGGCGAGGGAUGCGCUGGUGGAGAGAUUUUCGUCCAAAGCCAUCCCCUCUAUUGUGUUCCUCGAUAACUCGGCUGCGGCAGCAGCAGCGGCAGCAGCAGAGGGCGCGUCGGAUGAGGUGGUGUGGGGUCAUCUGACGCCGACCAUCACGAGGGAGGGCAGAGAGGCGAUCAUGGAGGUGGGCGCGGACGGGUUCCCGUUCGCCGCCGAGCACGUGGAGAGGGCACGGGCUGCCAAGAAGGCACGGGAAGGGCCGUGCUAGCAGCAGCAGCGGCGGAGGGUGCAGCUGCGGGUUCUGGGUUCCCUGGAGCGAGGCCCACUAUCACGAGGGAGUGCAGGGAGGUGCUCCUGCAGGUGGGGGCGGUUUGGUUCCCAUUCACUGCUGAGCAUGUGGAGAGGGCACGAGCAGCAAAGGAGGCAGGGGAAGGGCCGUGCUAGCAGCAGCAGCAGCAGCAGCAGCAUAGGGUGCAGCAAGUACUAGGGUCAGGGUUUUGGGUUCCUGGCAUGGCUCAUGCGAGGCGCAGUAUUGCAAGGAACGGCAGGGAGGUGAUUAUGGAGGUGGGUGCGGAUGGGUUUCCGUCCACUGCUGAGCAUGUGGAGAAGGCAUGGGCUGCCAGGAGUGGCGGUCCAGGGGGAGGGAGAGAGUCGCAGUGAUGCGCAGGUGGUGACGCUGCUGGCAAUGAGGGUCCUGCCCAUGGGUGCGGAUGGGUUUCCGUUCCCUGCUGCGCGUGUGGAGAAGGCACGGGCUGGAAGGAAGGCAGGGGAAGGGUAGUGCUAGCUGUGGCGGCGUAGGGUGCAGCAACAGCAACAGCAGCAGAGGGUGCAGGAGUCGAGGUAAUACGGGCUCGUCGACCCUUCCCCCCCCCUUUUCCUCUCCCUCCCCCUUUCUGUUGUGAGGAAGGGCAGGGAGGUGAUCAUGGAAGUGGGUGGGGAUGGUAUCUGUUAUGAUCGUGGAAGGCACGCGCAGAAGGCUGGGGAGGGGGAAUGCCAGCAAUGGCAGUGAUUGUGGUGUUGAAAUUGGAGGUGGUGCAAUUGGAGGUGGUGCGGUUGGGAGUGGUGCAGUUGGGAGUGGUGCAGUUGGGAGUGGCUAUCACGGAAGUGGGUGCGGAUGUAACUUAUUCCUGCAGACGUGGAGACAGCACAAGCUGGCGGGAAAGCAGGGGAACUGCAAUGCUGGCAAUGACAGUGGUGGGUGUUGGUGAUGGGCUGAUGGUAAUUGUCCUAUCCUAUCACUGGUGGUGCUUAUGGGAUGGUAAUACUAGCAAAGGUGCGUAUGGUGGUGAUGAUGCUAUCAGACGUGGUGAUUGCAGUGGUGGUUGCGGAUGCGUUCUCCCAUUCAUGCCUGCACAUGCGGAGAAGCCACGAGCUGCUAGGCAGGCAGGUCGAGGGAAGGCAGUGAGGUGCAGUGUCACAAGGGUGGUGGUGGUGCUUGUAAUAAUUCGACAGGUUGCAGGAAACUGUGUAGAAUCUGCAAACACAAACACUUGGAAAACCUGAAGUGUUAGCCUAGGAUCUUUACUGGAAUGGUAGACUAGUAAGACAGCGGAAGUCUUGUAAAAGUGAAUCUGAGUAUAACUCUUGUGAAAGUCAAGGUUGGACAACCUG